AAAAGUGACGCUGACACACAUACAUACAAGCCUGAGCCGAGAAGGGGGAAUAGCGUUUUGUUUCUUUUUUCUUUAAUUUGUAUCCUUUUAUUCUUUGGCGUUGUGUUGUUACUUCGCUGAAUUCCUGCAACGACUAUCAACUGCCUCGCUCCUCAGCUCGUGCUCUCUAUAGUUAACGUUCAUGCCGCUCUCCCCUCACGCGGCGCUAUUUUGACAGUCGGGGUCGCAGCUAGCAGCUCCAUUAUUUUAGCAUUGACACUACUUGAAGGAUUCUCCACUCGGUACAUACGGACAGGAAAGUGGGCUCCUGACUGGAGGACAGACCAUGCUGCUGCACUGAGCCGGAGGGAGAGAAAAGAGAGAGGCACCCCGGAGGACGCUGAGGUGGUAGCUGGCCUGUUGGUGUGCCCCUCCCCCUUGCCUGACUGGCUAGCUGCUGCCUCUUCAGUUCACCUGAUCGCUCCCCAUCCCGAAGGCUGAGGCUGGCUAUGGACUGCGCUUCGCCCCCUGCUGCAGCCCAGCCCAGUACACUACCUUAGUGGGUUCCCCUAUCUUCCUGCGUGGUUCCCUCCAGACUCACUGUACGGAGUACAGCACAGAUCUGGUACCCCCUACAGCCACUCCUGGGUUCUCCACCCCACCCCGUCCCCUACUCCCAGCCUCUCCCCUUCCCCUGAGAAGAUGUCGGUGAGCCUGAUAACAGACAUCCAGCAGGAGGGAGAGAGUGGGCCGCUCAUCGAGCCCUGCAGUCGAGGAAAGACCUCCCCUCUGCCACAGGGAACUAAAGAAGGGACAGGAGAGGGCCUGGAGCCGGAGGACAGCUCCCCACAGGAUGCACAGAAACGGGCUCCCAAUCACAGCCAUGGAAGGAAAAGGGCCAAGUCUAAUGCCAAGCUGAAGCUGGUACGGAGUCUGGCAGUAUGUGAGGAGUCCUCCGGUCCGUUCUCCACUGAUGGCCCUCCAGAAUCGGAAAUUAUCCAGCUUCACAUCAGCUGUCCGUCAGACAAGGAGGAGGAGAAGUCCUCAAAGGACGAGUAUGAGAAUGAAGAGAAGGAGAAGAAGGACAAGGCUCCACGGAAGAUGUUGUCACGUGACUCCAGUCAGGAAUACACUGACUCCACUGGCAUUGAUGUCCAUGAGUUUCUGGUCAACACACUGAAGAACAAUCCCAGGGAUCGAAUGAUGCUGCUCAAACUAGAACAAGAUAUCCUGGAGUUCAUUAAUGACGACAAUAACCAGUAUAAGAAGUUUCCUCAGAUGACGUCCUAUCACCGCAUGCUGCUUCACCGCGUGGCGGCCUACUUCGGCAUGGACCACAACGUGGAUCAGACGGGAAAGGCUGUCAUCAUUAACAAGACGGGCAACACUCGCAUCCCAGAACAAAGAUUCUCUGAACACAUCAAAGAUGAACGUAACAUGGACUUCCAGAAGAAAUUCAUCCUGAAGAGAGAUGAUGCCAGCAUGGACAAGGAUGAUAAUCAGAUCCGCGUGCCGCUGCAGGACGGGCGACGUAGCAAGUCCAUUGAAGAGCGAGAGGAAGAGUAUCAGCGGGUACGAGAUAGGAUCUUUGCCCGAGAAGUGUCCUUUUUCUUACAGUCCUCUCAAAAUGGAUACAUCAAUGACAACAGACUUUCCACUGAGGGCUACUGCUCUAGCUCUCAAAAGAGGAGGCAGAUCUUUAGAGGGAACCGUGAGAGCUCCAGCCGGGCGUCUAGCAGUCGUCAAAGCAGCACAGACAGUGACAUGAAGUGCCUGGAGCCACGGCCCUGGAGCAGCACCGACUCAGACAGCUCCAACCGCACCCUCCGGCCACCCGUCACCAAGGCUAGCAGCUUCUCUGGCAUCUCCAUCCUCACCAGAGGGGAUAGCCUUGGCAGCAACAAAGGCUCACAGGGAAGCUGCAAAGGCUCUCGCUCUGGUCUGUCCCUAGUCAGUCCUGAUGUGUGUCCUCCGCCUGCAGCCUCCCAGUCCAGCCGUAGCCUUCUUCCCUCCCCGUCACAGCAGCCGCAGCCCCAGGUUCCGCCCCAGACCGCCCUGCUGCCCACCCCACAGCAGCACCCCAUGGGAAACCACAUGAUUGCUCAGCCGGUGGCCACUCUGCAGCCCUCUCAGCCUGUCUCCUACUCCAGCCCCUCCUGCCCCCAGGUUCUCCUGCCAGUGUCUCCUCCCCAGCAGUACACAAUGGGAGAAGAUCUGGCGCCACAGUUCACCCAGAUGACUCUGAGUCGGCAGGGCUCCAGUGAGAACCCUGAGCCCCCCCCCAUGUAUCAGCCUCCUCCCACGGUGCUGACUCAGCACCCGCCUCCUCAGACCGGCUACAUCAUGGCUACCACGGGUCAGCCUAUGGCGCCUCCGUCUGGCUAUCAGCCUGCCACUGGACACCCCCAUCCUCCACCUCCACCACCUCCUCCAUCCCAGACCGUCAUGCAGGCCCCGCCCCCCCCACAGGGCUACAUGCAGGCCCCUCCACCUCAACAGAUACAGGUGUCAUACUACCCUCCUGGUCAGUAUCCCAGCUCAGGCCAGCAGUACCGUGUGCCCCAGCCCAUCUCCCACCAGGUGUCUUAUCCUGCGCAGCGCACACAAACCAUGCCUCAGCCCACACAGCAGUCAGGUCUCCAGACCAUGAUGCCCAGCCAGCAGCCGAGCUACCAGGGCAUGAUGGGAGUGCAGCAGCCCCAGAACCCCGGCCUGCUCAAUUCCCAGAGGGCCGGCAUGGGAGGACAGAUGCAGAGCAUAAUGGUUCAGUACCCGCAGAUGCCAUCAUAUCAGGUACCAGUGGGAAAUGAGAGCCAGCAGGUGGUGCAGCAGCAGUACCAGCAGCAGGUGAUGGUGCCGGUCAGCCAGUCGGUCCAGGGCCCCAUGCCCGUCUACUACAGUGUUAUCACCCCCACACAGCAGAGCAGCACAAGCCCGUCAGUCAGCUACCUGCAGCCCCCCAGCUCUGAGCAGUAUCAAAUCACUCAGUCGCCGUCCCCUUGCAACCCUCAACAGUUGCAGCAGCAAUAUUCAGGCGUUCCUCCUCCUGGGCCCGGGGUGAUGGUCAUGCAGCUCAGCGUCCCCAACGGACCGCAGCCUUCCCAGAACCCCCCCCUGGUCCAGUGGAACCCGUGCAAAUACUACAGCAUCGAGCAGAGGCCCAGCAAACCGGGCGAGCUCUACAAACCAGACAACACUCCACAGGCCAGCACCCAGCUGACGAGUCCCCUGGCCUCCCCCACUCAGUCUCCCACCCCGUCUCCCUCCGGCAGCGUCAGCAGCGUCUGUCCCGGCCUGGGACCACUACCCCUCAUUUCACAGUUCCCCCGGCCCGGAGGACCAGCUCAAGGUGAUGGGCGCUACUCCCUGCUGGGGCAGCCUCUCCAGUACAGCCUGUGCCCCCCCCUCAUGCAUGGCCAGUCCUCCUACAGCUCCCAUCAGGGCCAAGGAGUAAUGAAACACGGGGCACGAGGGAAAAAACAAACACUCAAAUCUCAAUCAACAGACCUCGGCACCACUGAUGUUGUGGUGAGUCGAGUCCUGGAGGUGACGGACCUGCCGGAGGGGAUCUCCCGACCGGAGGCUGAGAAGCUCUUCAACCAGCUGUCCAUGUGCGGUGCCAAGAUCCAGUGGCUGAAGGAGCCCCAGGGAGGUCGGGGAGGGGGCUGUGGCCCUUGUCCCGGGGGGGGGCCUGCAGGGCCAGGUGCCGCCGCCGGCCUCGGGGCCUGCAUGGGGGGGAAGGGAGUCGACCCGGCUCACCUCUACACCGUCGUGGCCGUGUUCCCCAGCACCAUGGCCGCCCAGAGUGCUUCCUUCAAACUUAACAACAGCGGAGCCAGCCUCUUCAAACUGAGGGCCGCCAAAAAGAACUAUGACCUGCGCGUGCUGGAGAGGGCCAGCUCUCAGUGAGGGGGGGAGAGGGGGAGGCAGGACAGAGUGGAAGAGACAGACAGAAAGAGAGACUCUUGGUGGAGUGGUGGAACAGGAAGGAGAACUGAGGCGGACUGCUCUUAUUGUACAAUUUAAAAACAAAACAAAAAAAAUGUACUUGAGUUUAAUGAUGUGUCAAAUGUAUAAAAGGGAAGGUGUGAAUCAUGAGGUGGCUGGGGUUUGGUUGCAAAUUUGGUUUUGUUUUUAUUCAUUGUUUUUGUUUUGUAUUUAUAUAGCAGAUGAGCACACAAGAGACGCGACCAUGUGUUUCACUGUUGCCGUGGAAUGUGCGCUGCCAUUAUACAGAAACACAUGAAACUCCACACAUACAUACAUACAUACAUACAUACAUACAUACAUACAUACACACACACUUACAAGGAGACACAAACAAACACACAGUCAACAGGGUCACGUAGCACAUAAGAAAAACACACUGGACAGUCAAACCUUUGCCCUCCAUCCUUUCCCUCCCAACGCUGUCUCUCCUUCCUUAACUCUCCGUCACCCAGUUGUCUCUUAAUCUCACAUAUUUAUACAUUUUCAUAAGCACAGUUGCGCACCCUCUCUGCUCUCUUUUCUUGCCAUGUCUCAUCCUGCCUCUGCUCCCUCGCCACCUCUCAUGCUCCCUCACUGCUCUCUCCUCUUGCUUUCUGUUUGCCUUACUGCUGUUGUGGGUUUCUUGUAUUGCGCUGUUUUUGUUUUUUUCUCAGAAUUUUUUGUUUUUGUUUUUUGGGAUUCAAUAUAUUUAUAUAAGUGAUGUAAGGAAUAAAAGAAAUCUAUAUAUUUAGUGAUUUUUCUUUCUUUCCCCUUGAGUGAAAAGAUGUAGGUCUUCCUUUAUCCUUUACUCCUCCCAUCUUCAUCCCCCUCUCCUCUCCUACAUUUGUUUCCUCCUUACUGCCCUCUACCUCACUUCUUCGGCCCUCUCCUCUGACCCACACCCCCCCCCCCGCACCCGAGUUCCACCCCAACGCCCCGUUGUGUUUGCGUUUUUCGUUGACAGCUGUGCAGAACGUUCAGAAGAAGUAGUUAAAGUGCACAAUGAUUGCAUAUGUCUACUGUACAUUUUAUUUAAUCUGUUAUUUUUUGUUUGUUUUUAAAAAUAUAAAAGUCGAGAAAAAAUCUAUCAAAACAUC